ACUACCGUGACUACAGUUUAUUGUUGGUGUAACCUCUAUAGUUUAGGCUUCACGGAUAAUGAAUUAUCUUUUUCAUUCAAGAAGGACAACUGCUGUAGGUUGAAGAUUAAGCAGCAAUGGCUGGUGUUGUUGCUGUAGCAGCUGUUAUUGAAGAUUUUGAAGCUACGCAGCCUUGCAAGAAGAUGAAAAAAGAUGAUGAUUUAGUACCUACAAGGACCAUCACAAACUAUUUUAUGCCUUUGACCAAAACUGUGGAAAAACCUUUCUCUCCACCUCGAUCAAAUAAUAUAAAGGACUACUUUCGGAAGACCCCCCCAGCACAGGAGAAGGUCAGCUCUGUAAAAAAGUGCAUUGACCUUCAGUCUACGGAGUCAUCCAGCUUUCAGGAGGCCUCUACUAAACUGAGUGGAGCACAGAAGCAAAAACGCACCAGAAAAAUCAAGCAGCAAAACAAGCUACAUGAACAAGAAGCUCUCAGUGAUGUCUGUGCAGUAAUCACUGAUAGCCCAUGUGAAUCCAUGGUGAAGGAGGGAGGUGGUCUGUCUGUGCUUGGAAGUGACACUGCAGCUCUACCUUCUCAAAUAAGCAGUGAAAUAUGCUUAAGUGAAGAAUCCCUUAAAUGUAAGAAUUCCACGGAGACAUAUGAAGAUGAGAAAAAAGUUAAAGCGGCGACUCUUCAAAAUACAGAGGAUGAUAGUUUAUGCAAAGAAAGCACAUCUUUUGCUGAGGGUAAAGGUAGAAAUAAAAAGCCAGUGGUGAGGACAAACAAAAAAGCUAAAGUUAGCCAUAGUGAAAGUUGUAUUAUUGAGGACAAGGAGCAGUCUCUUAAUGAUGCUAGCCUGGAAGUCAACAUGGAUGAAACUUCAGCACUGAGCUGUAACACCAUAACUGUGUCUUUUGAAGAGUUUGUACAGAGUCAGGUCAAUGAAAAUGACAUGACAGAGUCUAAGUCAGAAACCUGCACAGCCAAACCAAUACAUGAUUCUAAGUCUUGUCUGGAUGUGAGUGACGUGGAACUUGCAGUACCACAGGUGUCACCAAGAACCCUAACAGUGCAAGCUGAAGUGCAUUCUAUUUCACCUGAAUUAAUCAAAAGCCCUCAGUUAAGAAUGGCAUCAAUUUUCACUAGAAAUAAAAAGAGCCACACGGAAGAUGACAAAAUAUCAACCUUCACAACCCCUCAAGUAGCUGCAGACAUUCUUCCUGACCUUAAAAGAAAAUCGAAUGUGGUUCUUCAUGAAGAAGAUUUGGAGCUUGCUGUAGUUGAAUCCAGCUCCACUCCUAAAUCCACACAGGAAGAAAGAAAGCAAUUCAUGAAUGCUUUUAAGCAGCGAAGUUCAGAUGGCUCCAAAGCUAAAAUGUCCAAGGCCUCAGGUAAAUUAAGGCAGGACAAGGAAAAUACACCUGAUACAGUCCAACCUGAAGAGAAAACUGAUGAAAACAAUUCUGACCAGAUGAAACCAAAGCAGAGUACAGAUAAACCUAUCAGCAGUGGAGUGAAAAGAAAGAGUAAGACAUCAUUGAAGAAAAAUCAGACAGGGUCGUCUGCACAAGUAGAAAUACCUCCUAAGCAAGAGGAUCCACCCACCCCAAUGGAGUUGGGUAAUGAAAGUGAUGCUGUUGCUGACAGUAACAUUCCCAGUGCCAAAGUGCUAAGGAGAUCUACCAGAGAUCUCACACGCAGACAGACAGCUUCUGUGACUGACAAAGAUUCUUUGCCUAGAAGGACAAGAAGCCAGGAGAAAGCAGAAAUUGCUACAGUUUCUCAGGAAGUUGUGGCACAAGUUUCAACUCCAAAAUCUCACAGAACUAAAAAUAAUGUUUACAGGGCUGAGAUGCUUUCUGUUGUGGACAAGCAAGGAAGCCCAAUCAGAAUUAAACUCACCAGAGUGUUUCCAUCAUCUGUCAGAAAAUCUGGAGAUUUUGAAAUAUCAAGUCCUCUUUCAGCAAAAGAAUUAAAUGCACUCAAAAAAAGAAAACAAGCUAAAAAGUUGGUACAGAAAGCCAAAGCACUUCAGCAAAGUAAACAGGCUCCUUCAUGGGAUCAGCCCUCUGUGCGACGCUCUGCAAGGAGCAAAGAAUCGGUCAAAAUGAAUUAUUGCGAGGAUGAGGACUCUGUAGUGUUUGUGGAUGUUGCUCCAAGCAGCAAUGCACAGAAGUCAGAAGAACUUGACAAGAGUCAGAAAAAACUUCGCAGUCUGAAUGAAGUGUUAGGCAAGAGCAUGCUUUCCAACAAGGCUAAUUCUAAGAUCGUUUCAGCAGGCAAAGUAGCACCCAUGUUUAUGGACAGGAAACCUCAGAGACAUGCAGUAGUGAUUUCCCUUCUUGAUGAAAGCAGUUGUGAUGGUUCUGAAAACUCUCAAGAUGACGAGCAGUUCAGAGCAAAGAGGGAGUUUCUGAAGAGUGGUCUACCCGAGUCUUUUAAAAGACAGAUUGCUAGGACAGCAGCUAAUAGAGAAGCCUACGCUCAUGCCUGUGCUUCAUUCCGAUCUGUUGUUCAUGUGCAGCAGAGACCAAUGGAUUGCUCAAUGUGGGCCCUUCCAUGGCCUGAAAAUCCUUUUCUCAGUUGCCUGAAAGAUAGUUACCACUUACCAUUAAGCCCACUGGUGUCCCUGGAGGGCCCUACAGGUCACCUUACUGUUCCUGCUCAGAGAUCCUGCAGAGAAAAGGUUUCUGGAUGGCGUGAAGAUUUUACUGAGCCUAUUAGAGAGCAACUGUUAAAAGAAAUUAGCACAUCCAAUCCCACUUUUCCUGUUCAACGAUUCUUCACCCGCUUUCUAAAAAAACACCAGGACUAUAUGCAGGCUAUGGGUUCAGAAAGUGAAUGUGGGUCCAAAAUACCUUUACCCACUUGCCUGACUGCGUCUGUUGGUGUGAAGCGGAAACGUGUAGAUGAGUUAGAGAAAUCAGGCAAGCUAGCCAAAAAACAGAAGUCGACUCAUAAGGAAGAGGAGCCCAUAGUCAUUUUGGACAGCCCAAGCUUAGCAGACGGACGGACACCAGAGGCCACUGACCCUGUGGCUCCCAGCACAGGUUCCAGAAGGCGGUCACAGAGAAACAAGCAGACAGAGAAGGAACCUCUUAAGAAAAUGCAGUGUGACUCUCCUAUUAUACUUGAUUCUCCACCCUCAGUGAUCUCCACCAAAGAACCUGUAAGAGAGGAUGUGCUUUGGACAGAGAAGUACCAGCCACAGCACUCCAAUGACAUCAUUGGAAACACAGCUUCAGUUAGGAAGUUACACAGUUGGCUAAAGGAGUGGAAACUCCGGGCUGAUCGGGAAGAGAGAAGAAAACAGCAGGAGAAAAAGCAAGAAGAGGAUAGCAAUGACUCCUGGUUUGAUGGUGAUGGUAAUGAGUGGAUGGAGGAUACAGAGGACAUGCUGUGUAAUACAGUGCUGAUCACAGGCCCCACUGGAGUUGGCAAGACUGCAGCUGUAUAUGCAUGUGCUCAGGAGCUGGGAUUUAAGGUCUUUGAGGUGAAUUGUUCCUCUCAGCGAAGUGGCCGUCAGAUCUUGUCUCAGUUGAAGGAGGCCACACAGUCUCACCAAGUGGACAUCCAAGGGGUCAAUGCCUAUAAGCCCACUUACUUCAACAGUUACAGCAGCAGCAGUGGUAGUUCAGCCAAACCUGGCUCUUCACCCAGAAAGGUGAACUCCCCUAGAAGAGUUGUGUCAUCUCCCAGAAAAACCCCCCAGUCUCCUCGUGGUACACAGAAAAAAGGAGGCCUGGCACCAGUUUCACUAGCUAAUUUUUUUAAAAUGGGUGGAAAGACUCCCAGCAAAGAUGCUGGAAAUCAAGACAAGAAGGCUCAAGCAACUGGUCCAAAAAAAUCUGCUAAAGUAACGCAAGCUGAAAGCAGAAGUUUGGAGACCAAGCCCACAGCGGAAGACCAGGGCAAAAGAACUGCCACCUCUCUCAUCUUGUUUGAAGAAGUUGAUGUCAUAUUUGAUGAUGAUUCUGGGUUCCUGGCUGCAAUCAAAACCUUCAUGACCACAACCAAGAGACCGGUCAUCCUAACAACCAGUGAUCCUACCUUUAGCACAACUUUUGAUGGCUGUUUUGAAGAAAUCCAUUUCCAAGCUCUUUCUGAGCUGGAUGUUGCGAGUUACCUGCAGCUUCUGUGUAUGGUGGAAAAUGUGAGGACAGACACACAGGACUUGACAAGCUUGCUGCAUUGGAAUAAAUGUGACGUACGGCAGAGCCUCCUGCACCUGCAGUUUUGGACUCGCAGUGGAGGAGGAUGCCAGGUGCCACGCCCCAUCUCACCAUCAGGAGGCCCUGAGUGUGAUGGAAGGAGUGAGACUGCUAAGGUGAAAGGUGUUGGUGGAACACUACCUCUGGCCAAUUUACCACCGUGUCAUAUUGGAUGCACAGAGUCUUUGCUGGGCCUCCUAAACAUUAAUCAUGAAAAAGGGGGAGAUGAUUUAUUUAAGAGUAAUUAUUCAGCUAUAGAAAGCCUGAGAUCUUGGAGUCUGGAGGCUGACAUGAGAGGUGUGAAUUUGCUCUACUCAAACAUGGAGGGGCUUCUGCCUUUGCCUAUUCGUCCACUGCCAAGACCCACUCUUGGAUCACAAUCAGCAUUAAAUCCAGAACCACAGCCUGCGUCCCAGACCAGCCAUGGCAGGGUACUGCAGGGGGAGCAAUGUGAUGACUCCAGCCCUCUUAAAGUGUCUUCCACAAUGAGGCGUAAAAAGCAGUUAAAAAAGGACAGUAAAAAUGCUCUUCAGUCCGAUUCUGAUUCAGAUGACUUCUUGUCCUUGCCCAAACCCAGCCUUGACCUUGCUAGGGAUCAGGACAUCAGACCAGCCCAGGAUCAGAUUGCUCAGAAGUCAUUGGAAACUUCAAUACGGAGGCGGCGAGCUGAGAUGUCUGAAGCUGAGAGGAAGAGGAGUAAGCCUGUGUCACAUUGUCUAAGUACAAUAGCUGAGUACUUGGACCAUAUGUCAUUCUUGGACUCAUCUCUGCAUCACGUGCCUUCUCAGGUAGAGGGCGCUUGUCGACCACAAACAUUUUACUGGCCAGGAGCAAAUAUUAAGAGUGGUAUGACUGAUGAAGUUCGUCUAGAUAGUAGAGGUCGUAUGAGUGGAUUUGACGCAGAGGAACUUCAAGCUGCUUUAGGUAGUCUGAGUUUUUCGAAGUGUAAGGAUCAAAUCUCUAAGAUCUGGAAUGAGGUCCAGGAAUUGGACGAGCAGAUCAGGAAAGAGACGGUGGAGGAGCUUACCCUUCCUGUAGCCUCACACAGGCAGAGUUUCAGCCUUUGUCACAGCACAGUCUGUGAACCCAGGGCACUGAAGAUUAGGAAGGAGGUGAUUAACACUGUUCUCACCAGCCGGUCAUUUAGCACACAAGGAAACAGAGCAGCAGUGUUGAUGGACUACCUGCCCUCUUUGCGUACCAUUUGUAGAUCAGAGAGACUGAAGGAACAGGGCAAAGUGAAACGGAGGUUCAUGCACUACUUUGAUGGCAUUCAUCUUGAUCUACCUAAAAGCACUCUUCAGCACCUGGCCUCAAGUUUCCCUUGAAUAAUCUGAUGACAGCAUGUUGAGGCAGCCUGUGUGUGGCAGCUAAUGAAUAUGCAUUUGUACAGUAAUAUUAUAUCCCUUAAUUUGAAGAGAGAUUUUAUGUUGGUGAAUUUUUCUGUUUUAUAUAACUUGGUGUGGAGCUUCUCAUGUUUUGUACUUUUAUCAUGCCAUGUGUUUUUAAUCAAGUAAUAAAUUGAAAUUGUCAAAGUAUUUUUACUGAAAAUGUAUGUAUCACUUACUGUUCCGUUUAUCACACGUUCACUCCAAACUUUGUACUUAGCCACUAAAAUUCAGUUUCAGUUUCUCACUUGUUUGUACACUUUGACAGACUAUAACCAGUGUUCAUUUUUAGA